GUUGAGGGCCAGCAGUUUUCCAGCUCCUCAGGAGGAAUGCAACAUCCUCUCUCUUUAAGACAAACUAGCAUUCCAAAAGGUUUGGGAUACCUGACCAUUAUGGCACCAAGAAACUUCUUGUGUAUGAGGAGUAACUUUCUCUUGGGUUCAAGAUGUUGGAUGAUCCGAUUUUCAGCAGAAAUCCUGCUUAAAUCAGUUUCAUUUAGGCUUUUUAGUGUGAAGUGUGGUAAGGCAGACAGCAAGUCUUCGGAGAAUGAAGAAUUAUUGAAUAACUUACUUAGGAUGGGAGUAGAUGUUGACAUGGCAAGAAAACGACAGCCUGGAGUUUUUAAUAGGAUGGGAACUAAAGAGCAGGACCUGAAGAUGUUCCUUCUAUCCAAAGGAGCUAGCAAAGAAGUGGUUGCUAGCAUUAUAUCAAGAUAUCCACGGGCCAUAACACGCACACAUGAAAGUCUUUCAAAACGGUGGGAUCUGUGGAGAAGAAUAAUGACAUCAGACCUUGAAAUUGUAAAUAUUUUGGAACGUUCCCCUGAAUCUUUUUUUCGGUCCAAUAAUAACCUAAACUUAGAGAAUAAUAUAAAGUUCCUCUAUUCAGUCGGAUUGACCCAUAAAUGCCUUUGUCGAUUAUUGACCAAUGCCCCACGUACCUUCUCCAACAGUCUAGAUCUGAAUAAACAGAUGAUUGAAUUUUUGCAAGAAGUCUGUUUGUCUUUGGGUCACAAUAAGCCCAGAGAUUUUGUUAGGAAGAUAAUUUUUAAAAACCCUUUCAUCUUGAUUCAGAGUACCAAACGGGUAAAAACUAACAUUGAGUUUUUACAGUCA